UUCGAUAGAUCUAUGAUCGUCCAACAGAUAUAUUUUUAUUAUCUGUCCAAUAAAUGAGAAAUUAAAAGCAGAUUAUUCUGCUAAUUAAAAAUUUGGAGAGGAUACACUAUUUUGGUAAUUGGAAACUUGAGCAGACAAAUUCUCUAAGAAGUGAACAGUCCACCGAGCAUCAGCAAGUGAUCAUGUCUUACAUUCCACCUCACAAGAGGCACACAAAAAUUCGCAGUCGCCGAAACCAACUCCGGCACCGAAAUCCCUGAUGCCUGCCUGCAGAAAGAACCUGAAUUUCAAGAGAAAGGAAAAGUAUUUAGGCGGGAUCAUUUAUGCUCAUGGUGCAGUUAGGAAAUGGUUCCCUGUUGGCUUGACUGAUGAUUCUCAGUUUUCAUCUCUUGUGAAGCUAGAACCUGUUCCAGUGGAGCAAAGAUCAGGCGAAAAACCUCUUUCUUUGGUUCUAAUGGAAGGUUGCAGUGAAGGAAGAAAGGAGCUUAUGGAUGAGCCAUGGCUUUUGGUGGUUAAAAGUGUUAUGAAGGACUUAGUUUUGUCAUUUCAACAUGUGAAGUGUGAAAUGAAGGAAUCUAAUAUGGGAGUAUUAAAGCCGACUCUUGUUGCUCGUUUUGGAAGAAUUCUCUUUUAUGGGAUUUCUGCAAAUAGUCAAGAAUCCCUGAAAAGUAACCUCUUGGGUGAAACUAUGUUGAGGCAAAUGAAAAAAUCUUUCUAUACGAAUGUUCCUUUUUCAUAUAUGGAAUAUGUUGGAAACCUUGCAAUUGAGAAGCUUGGCUUAGAAUAUGUGGAGGAGAAGGAAUUAUACUACGUCAGGCUUUCAGACAACUUUCGCUCUGAUUCAACUGUCUCCUGCAAAUGUACGGUGGCGACGGAUCAGGAGAAAAUUCAGCUCUAUAAGAUUGAGGUGAACCAAGUGCGCAACAUGGUUGCAGACGUGAACUGUCUUGGCAAAAGUUUAGACUUGAGGUUGAUGUUACAUACCAAGAAAAUCACGACGGCUUUAUCUAUUUUCUGGAAUGCAGAAGCAAACGACUGACGAAAACCUGGUGCUUAAAAUGCUUGAAGACAACUUGAGGUUAAUCUGGGAUUACUGUUUGUCUGAUGGUUCUUCAAGCUGACCUUGUUUUGUGGUCCUUCACUUUCUUUUUUUAAAAUAUCUGCACAAAAUGCUAGUCUCACAAGCUAUGUUUGGUUGGUGAAGAAAGUUGACCUUUUGUAUCUCGCAUUGCUGAAUGUAUAGAUGUAGAUUGCUGAAUUGUUAUACCCAAAACUUCUGGAAUGCUUUUUGCACUAUGUAGUUUGUGUGUGGAAUGAAAUGAACCAAGGCCUCUGAUGUUAGCUGCUUCAGUAAGGAACAAUAGAUGAGAUUGUAAUGGUAAUGGAUCAAACUUCUUAUUUA